AUGCGUUACGUUUCUGCGUAUAUGCUAGCAGUCGCUGGUGGAAACCCGUCUCCGAAGUUAGAAGAUAUAAAAAAUAUCCUCGGUGCCGUUGGAGUCGAUACCGAUGCUGAAGCUGCCAAGCUCGUCAUCUCACGGCUACAAGGAAAGAAUAUCGAAGAAGUAAUCGCUGAAGGUUCCGCUGGUCUGGUCUCGGUUAGCGGAGGAGCUCCAGCUGCUGCUGCUCCGGCUGCUGGAGGUGCUGCACCAGCUGCGGCUGCUCCUAAAGAGGAGGCAAAGCCAGCGAAGAAAGAAGAGAAGGAGGAAUCUGAUGAUGAUAUGGGAUUUGGCCUUUUCGACUAA